AAAAACUGCAUCCGCUGAGAAAGUAUACACUGUCGCAAUCUUACGGGCAUUUCGCCAGAAAACUGACAAGAGGUUUCCAUAAUCUCGUGGCAAUGAACGCCCCGGGGGAGGCGUCGUCAUAGAGAGGAGAACGUAUUGAGGGAACGCAACGCUGCAUCCAAGAGAAUGACCUAAGAACGUUCUUCCAACGUUUUUCGCUGAAGUUCUGUCUGCCUGUCUUUAGAAGUACACGGAGCAGAAGGGCGCCCCUCCGCUCAGUCUCUCGAACUGAAGGGAACCCUCCAGUCCUCCCAACUCCCGCCGCUCCUAAGCAAUAGAAACGCCUCCAGCCCACGUGAGCGGUGUACUUAGCUCGGGAAGGCCGUUGAGGAAGGAAGAUCGGGUGGGAACCUUUUCUUUGCUGCCAAAGGAAAGCACGGAACAGGUUUUGGGGAACGCCAAGAUGGCGGUCUCUUUGGUCCUCGGCUGCGGUCGUGUCGCGGCGUUUAAGGCUUUAUCACUGCAGGCAUGGGGGCUACGAAAUCUUCCUUCUAUUUAUCUCUGCACCAAAUCAGUUGAUUCUAAAAAAGGCUCCCCAAAAGAUAAGAGUGAGGUCAUAACUGACAGUAAACCUGAUGCAGCUGUAAAAUUAACAGAUGAAGAUCUGAGAAAAUUCUUGGCAAAGAAAACUUUGGUAAUGUUUCCUCAGAAAGCACAGUUUCUUUUUGAGAGAGAGACAGUUUUCUCUUCAACAGAAGGCUUAGGAAAGAAGUCAGCAGAUGAAGAAUCUUUCUCUUCAUCAAGCUCUGGGUCAGAUUCUAGCUCUGAUUCUGAAGAUGAUGACUUCAGAGAGAAGCCACACAGACAAAAGGAACUCUACUGGACAACUGAUAACAAGCAGUUAGAAUCAGAUAUUAUGAAAACUGCUUCAAAACAAAGGCCUAAAGAAAUAUAUUUAAAGAAGAAGAACUUGGGAAUAGUGAUUACAGAGAGUCAAAAGCCGACAGAAGUUUUAUCUGAACGCCUGGAAGCAUCUCUCUCUGACUCUGAUCCACAGAGAACUCGGCUGGUGCCUCCACAAAAUAUAUCACAAAAUCUGAAACAGGAUGAAAUCAUAACAAAGGAAGUGCAAAAAACUGAGAUGCAGGACAGAAUUUCUGAAGAGCCAGGGGCAGACGUUUCAAGGGAAAAUAUGCCAGUGGUAGAAAGCACCCUGAAGGAGGAGAUCAUCCCAGAAGCAGGAGCUCAAGUUGAAGAACAAAGCACUCCACAGGAGGCCAAGCCAUCACUUGAAACUGCUCAAGAAACAUAUGACAUUUCUACCUACAAGAACCUGCAGCAUCAUGAAUAUCAACCAUUCACUUUUGUGGAUUUUGAUGUCUUCUUGUCAAAAUUCAGGCUGCCUCAGCCAUCUUCUGGGCGGUUAUCUCCAAGACACUGAACUAAUUGUGGAAACCAAAUAAAUUCUGGCAAAGUAUUUUGCUUGUGAGUGUUAUAAAUUAAUUUUAGCAUUGACUCCUCUUGCUAAUAUGAAUUCAAAAUAAUUACAGUUAUUGCUGAUUGUAUGCCAAAUUAGUUCUAAUAUUAAUUAUAACUUGAUAAUUUUCCCUGUUUAUGCUACCGUGUAGUGUCAUAGCACACUGGUACUACAUAUUAUCUAUGUAAUUCUAGUUUAUAAAAUGUAUGCAGAGUACAAAUUAGUUUGUAUUGAAUCUGAUGAAGUAUUUUUAAUCAGGUUAUAGUGUAUAUAUUAUUUUUACUAAAGAUGCAGCUUUAGAAACCUGGUGCUUCUUGCUGAAAAAUGUUAUUUUAACCUGAAGUAAUACAUAAUGAAUAAUGUUACUGUAAGAGGUAUAGAAAUAAUUGGGUUUAUGUGAAAGCCUAAUUCUAAGUAUGGAUGAAUGAGGAUGGGUGGCUUGCACUAAGGUCAAGAGAAUUAGCAUGUAAAUACUGUCCCCUUAAUUUAUAUAUGAGACUUGGCUUGAUAUAGAAAACUAUUUUAGAGAUGAAUACCCAAAGUAAAGGUUUGAAUAGAGAGUGUAUUGACCACAGCCAGUUCUUUCCAAAAUUUGCAGCAAAUGGAGCAGCUCUUGCUAGGCAUUUCUAGGAAGAGUUGGUUAGGUUUCCACUUUCCUAGAUCAGGUAGAAAUGAGUAAGACAAGAAGAAAUCAUAUUUGACAGAUAGUUGAUGAAUAUAUGUGAAAAAAAGAGGGAUGUAUCUACUUUUGUCUCUUAGCACUGCUGGUAUAUCUCCUUAACAUGCUGCCAUUAUGGCCCUAAUUUUCCUACCCUUAACUUAGAGUAAACAUAAUUAUGGACUAUUGAGAUUAAUUUUCAAACAUGCUUCAUAACUAGUUUUUUUUAAAAUAAUUUUCUCUGCAGCAAACAUAAAUGCAUUUUGUUUUGUGUGAGACAAGUGUGAUUUUAGAGCUGUGUUCAUUCUCAUGCUAAAAUCUUAGCUCUGACUUUUUUUUCUUUUUUGCUUAAUUUCAUCUUCCUUGAAAUAACUAAAAUAGCGAUUAUUGAAAUUAUGACAAAUUUAAGAUCCUGAGCUUGCACUUCAAAGUAUACCAGUUUAUAAUCCAGUUACCAUUAUAAUACUUUCUUUUUAAAUGCUGAUCAGCUUCAACUAGAUUACAUAGUUAAUUUGAACUGCUGAAGUUAUAUGUAUUCCUGCUGUUCUUAUUCUUGUGUUUAUCAAUUUUUAAAAAAAACUGGGCAGCUGGGUCACAUCAGAGGUCUGAAGACAAACAUAGGUAAUUGCCAAUGUUAGGAUCUAAAAUCUGAAUUAUCUAGCAGUUCACUUUAAACCAGAAGAAAGGUUUAAGGAGGUAAAAUAUUGCAAGAAGUGUAGAGUACAGAAACAUUUCCCCCCUUAAGAACAUGAUCUGGAAGAAUGAUCUUGAUCACACAUUCUUCAUUGGUCAAAGAAUGGAUCAAUCCUUGUGAGAACCCAAGGAAGUAGUUUGGAAGGUACGUCUAUUUUGUUUAAUUCUAUCUCAUUUCUUUGAGUUAAAACCAAAUAAAUACAAAGCAUGACCAAUCAACCCCACCCCCCAUACUAUUAUGUUUGGACAAGAGUGUACUUAGUAUUGAAACUUUAUUUUAACUUGUGUUUUGUUCCAACUGGGAGAAAAAAAUACACUAAUAAGCAAAAUCUAAUACCAGAUUUCAAAGUGUGUUUCACAACUACAUUUUUGGGAGAGAUUGCUUGUGAAUAUUCACGUUAUCUAAUCCUGAUUUCAGAGCUGCUUCAUACUAUUCCUGAAAUAAAGACUUGGUCUACUUGAUACCACACGUUUCCCUCCAACAGUGAGUUUUCUCUUAUUCAUUCUGUCAAAUAGUCACUUCAACAAUAAAAGGAAAA